AUGUUCGCCUCACUUUUGCGGUCCAAGAAAAGCCGUCCCUCUGAAACUACGCCUCUGCUUGCUGCGCUCAACAGGUACCGCAGUCGCCAGAAUGGAGAGGCAUCCGAGGCAGAGGACGACGACCCAGAGGUCGUAGCACAGUAUGAUGGCGAGGACGAAGACGAGCAUCAAGGCCGCCGACAGGACGAGCCCUUGCUGCCCGUCUUCUCGUCCGCAGUCCUAGAUCGCCUGCCCAUCUACAGCACCACGCAUGCAAUCCGAAUCCUACUCGUCCAGCGAUGUGAGACCACGCUCUCCUGGGACCAACUGCGCUCGCCACAAGUCUCCCAGUUCCUCGUCAAGCCUAUCCAGCAGCAGAUCCGAUCCGACCACUUCUCGCGGGGCACCCUGUACUGCCUGCUCGCAAAUUGCCUACAAUUCAAGAAGGAGGGAGAGGAGAACCCUGGGAAUAUGGGAGUCAGCAAGACCCGGGCGCUCAUAUGCGAGUUGCUGGCAAUGCGCCUCUUGAAGGAAUACUCGACGCGGGAACUCAUCGAUGCCCUCUCCUACGACCUCGACCCGCUGCAAGGUUUGGAGAUGCCUGGGCCUGCCGUGAGGACCCCAGGCGGCGCCAACUGGGCUCGGCAGGCUCCUCGCUCUGCGCGCAUAUCUACACUCGAGAUUGCUAUUCGCGCCCAGGCCAAGAAGUUCCUUGCUCACCCCCUCGUUGUGCGACAACUGGAAGCCAUAUGGGCGGGUACAAUUGUAUUCCACUCGGUUGCCGACAGUCUGCACAGGAAGCCUGACUCCCCUCGCGGCCGCGGUUACAGCUCUUUUGAUAACAUCUCUCCUGGCACAGGCCCGUCUCGCCGCCUGUCACCCACGAAGCAGGCCCCGCCGCUACCUCCACCUGCCGUACUCAUGAGACGUACAGUGACUCUCUACGAUCCCCACGAUGCCUCACUGUUCAAACUGUCACGUCUUCGAGUCCCCCGCUACCGCAAUUUGUUUUCCACGCUGUCGUUCGGAAUCAUGCUAGGCCUGUUCCUGGCGGUUCUUUCAGAAAAGUCCGACGACAUCACAGCCCUGGAGGUUCUUUUCUGGUUUUGGAGUGCUGGGUACAUGCUUGACGAGGUCGUUGGCUUCUCCGAGCAAGGAUUCGGGCUCUACAUAAUGAGUGUGUGGAACGCCUUCGAUUUAGGCAUUCUUUUGAUGUUUAUGGCGUAUUACAUCUUGCGCCUUUAUGGGAUCCUAAUGCCUGACGUCAGUCGACACAGCGUCGCAGCCAUGGCGUACGAUGUCCUUGGAGCUACUGCUGUUCUGCUUUUCCCUCGACUCUUCUCUGCGCUAGACCACUACCAAUACUUCUCGCAACUGCUCAUCGCAUUCAAGAUGAUGGCCAUGGACUUGGUCGCCAUCCUCAUCUUAAUUUGCAUAAGCUGCAGUGGUUUCUUUAUCGCCUUUAGCAUGGCCUUUAAGAGGGACCUGACGGCUUCAGAUGCCGCGUAUACGAUUUUCCAGCUAGUCAUGGGGUUCACGCCCGCUGCGUGGGACCUUUGGGUAGAGGUGAACGUCUUGGGCAAAUUCUUGCUUGCUCUAUUUCUCUUCAUCUGUCACUUCCUCAUCGUCACCAUACUGGUAACGGUCCUGACGAACUCGUUCAUGGCUGUCGUCAAGAACGCCGACGAGGAACAUCAGUUCCUUUUUGCUGUCAACACCAUCUCCAUGGUCAAGUCGGACGCGCUAUUCUCCUACAUACCUCCGACAAACAUCAUCGGGUGGCUGCUCAUCCCAUUGAAGUACACCAUGCCUUUUAAGAAAUUUCUUCGCAUGAACCGACUCGUCAUCAAGCUGACGCACAUCCCGAUCCUGUUUACUAUCUUCUUCUACGAGCGGGUGCUUCUGUCACACCUUGCAUAUGGUCCAGCAGACCUAGUAGAACAACGUGGUCGACAAGAAUCCAAGGCGCCUGUACCGGCAUUCAGCAUUCGUGGGCCCGUCGACAUGUUCAGCCCCCGGCUACGUGAGCCUUCUGUCACGACAUUCCACAAAGAUCGGGCGCUUGAAGAAGUCUUCCGCCGGCCGUAUCGAGACCCUAGCAUUCAGGCACGUCCACAGUACCCGACAGGUAGGAGGAAAUCGAGUAAUGUAGUGUCAGAUUGGAUGAGGAAAAUGGGCGACGACGACGAAAACACCCCCCCACAAGAUGAUUCACAAUCAGUUUUGGACCGGCUAGAGGGUCGUAAUAGGCCAUACUUGCGGCGUACCAAGACUGCAGGUCAGCCCAGGCGGAGGCACCCGCUCGCCGCAACCAGGACUGCGGCCUCAGAUCCAGAUGAGAACAUUAGUUCCUUCGUCCGACCUAUCCUAGAAGAGGACGAGCUAGCAAUGGGUAUGGCAGAGGUGCCACAGCAGACGGACGCCGAUGGUGAUGACGAAGAAGACCGUGCGAGUUCCGACAACCAGAUAACCCCGCGAAUCGUUCCAAGCUCCAUCAAAGAGAACAAGCGGCCGCAAACCGGGCAUGAAUCAUCCGACGAAGAUUUCUUCCGCACUCCUAUGGCUAUGAUACCAAGGACAGCAACGCGUACGCCGGCGAAAACAGCCUCGCCAUCUGAGGUUAGCUUUCAGGGAAAGCACGGCGACAAGUCGCCUACGAAGAUACUUUCGAAGUUGAAACCUGGGCAUGCUCGCAAUGUGUCAACUAGCACGGUUCUAUUCAGCCCAUCGAAAGAAGCGACCUUUUUAACACGCCCUUUGUCUCCCGAAAAGCGCCCCAAGACGGGCACACGUAGUGGUACAGGAACUGGAACCGCGACUCCGGCUGUGGCUGGCGUUCGCACGCCCAAGCGCCUGCCUGGUCCUUCUGGGCAAGCAAGCCGUCCUCGUGCAAUCAUGCCGCCUCGCGACACAGGUCGACAGGUCCCCAAUAUGGCUGACUUCCUCACGACAAACCACCGAGGACGCGAGCCUUCGUUGAACGCAAUCGCGCUAGAUCUUGCUUCAGAUAUUGGGGAUAACAACCUCAAUCCCAAUUUUGGCAAUCUCAACGCCGCUCUCCCUGCGUCGUUUACGACACAAUUCGAGCUCGCAGCACGGAUGAAGGCACGCGAACAGAAGGGUAGCGAUGCGGACUCGGACUCCAACCGCAUGAGUAGGAUCAUGCUCGCCCGGAUGACAACGUUGGAAGAAGGAUUCCGCGAUAUGUUGAAAGAAGUAAAGGGGCUCAAGCAGGGGGAUAGCCAAACUGCUAGUCGCGGAACGCAUUCGCCGCCGAACGAGCCUGUAAAGAGAAAGGGAAAGGGGAAGAAGAGAAUUGGUAGGAAGGAUAGCGGCGAGGAGAGGAUGGGCUCGAGUCUUUGA